UAGUGCAGUCGGAGAUAACGUUCGAAUUUAUUUUCAACUUUAGCAUGAAGAAUAAUUUUUGAUACAAUAAAACAUAAUUUUUCAUACCUAUCAACAUAAAUAUGUAUUUUUUUGUUAGAAAAACUAGAAUAAUGUAAUUAAAUUAAACUAGUGUGUUCAUUUUCCAAACCACAUCUUCAAAAGUAUGAUCUGAUAUAACAUUUUGCUAAAAAGUUUUGCCCAUAUUUUUUUAAUAGAUACAAUAAAAAACAGCUGCUGUCAUGAAUUCUACAGACAUUACAGCUUAUGAAAAUGUGAUGAAAAAUUAUGAACAGAUGAUGUCACAAUUUUAUGAUCCAAGCUCAACAAAUGAAGCAAAAUAUCGAUUACAGGAAAUGUUUGACAAUUUUGGUGAACAAGAUAAAUGUUGGGUCCAAUGUUGUUAUAACUUAGAAAACAGUAAAAACCAGUAUCUCCUGAUGUUUAGUUUAAACACUCUUGAAAUGAUUAUAAACAGAAAAUGGGAAAAAAUGACUUUCAAAUCUCAAGAAGCUCUUAGAGAAGCAAUUUUUAAUCAUAUCAUUUUAAAGCAUAAUCAAUAUCCAAGAUUUAUGAUUAACAAAAUGAUCAAGCUUUUAGUUGAUAUUGCUAGAAAUGACUGGCCUAUGAGAUAUCCUAACUUCAUUGAUCAUAUCAUUCAACUGCUUAUGAAUCCAGAUCAAGUACUUUUGGGACUAUCUUUUUUACUUUUAUCAUCUGAAGAGUUUAUUAGUCCUAAAGAAGAUCUAUUGGGAAAAAGAAAACAAGAUUUACGAGUAAAUUUUUUAAAACACAUUCCAAAAUUAUUUGAAAUAUUAUCAGACAUAUUAAAAAAUGCCCAUAAAGCUUCUAAUUCAGAAGAUGUCUAUGAAGCUGUGACUAAAGUAUUUUCUGAUAUGUUCACUUGGCUACCAUUUGAAAAGUACUUGACACCAGAUUUAUUACGUACAUUGUUACCAUUAGCGAAAAAAGAAAAUGCAACAGCUAUUAAUACAUUGACAAUAUUUAAUGAAAUUUUAAGUAAGUCAUAUGCUCAAACAGAAGAUAAGUGCUUGAUAUUAUCUGAAUUAUGUUUAUACACAUUCCAAUUAGUUGAAAAUAUAGUAUCUGUACCAAAUAUUGGUUUUGUUAGUGAAGCAUAUUUGACUAUAGUAACAGAAAUUCUAUCUGUUGUAAUAAGAAAAUACUGCAAUUUCCUUGAUAACCACUUUUCAAAUGGAGAAUUUUUAGAUAUGUUGUUGCAAUAUACAUUCCAACACUUUGCUGUAGACUGUUAUUAUCAAUGUUUAGAUAUAUGGUGUGGAAUUUUUGAAGCAUUAUCAGAUCGACAGCAAUGGGUGGAAAAAUAUCGUCGAAUAUUUUUAGACCUUGUAGAAAAAGUUACUCUAAAAAUUAAUACUUAUAGUGAUUUCAAUGAUGAGAUUUAUGAUGAUGAUGGACAGACUGAAUGCCAAAUAUUUUUAAAUAAAAAUAUUGAAAUUAUAUCAAAUGUAGCAGACCUGUAUCCUAUUGUUUGUAUAUCUGUGGUUGAUAAUUGGAAAGUGUAUAUUAAUGAUUACAUAACAAUAUUAAACUCACCAAUGUUGCUAGAAAAUUUCAAAGAUUCAAAAUGUAUGUUUUUAGUUCCAUCUUCUAGAAUAUUAACAAGUCUAAGUAAACAUUAUGAAGAUUCAAUGAAAAUUGCAAUAACAAAAAUGCUUAAUGAUAUAGCAAUUCAAGGUGUAGCUACCACUCCCCUGUAUCAACUACCAGUAAUUCCAUCAACUACAAGAACAUUAAUACAAAUUCAGAGCGAAAUUCUCACUGCAUUAUCAAGAUGGAUGCAUUUACUGAAUAAUAACAAACAAUUUUGUUUGGAGCAAAAUCGAGAAAAACUUUUUUCUGUUUUGGUAACUUCUUUACAAGAUACAAGUCAACCAUCCCAAAUACAUAAUGCAUGUGGUGUUUUAUUACCAACAGUAACUGAACCCAUGUUGACACAUAUUAAUGAGUAUACAUCUUUACUGGAACUUUUGUUGUCUCCAUUUUUAGAUGGAUCUAUUACAUUGAAUCAUCUUAAUAAAAAGACUCGCUUAUCUGUACAAGUUACAUCUUUGAAAUUUCUUUUGACUUGUCCUAGUCAAGAAGAAGAAAUAAAAGUUUUAGUUUUAAUGAAUUAUUUAAAAUCAUUAGCUCCGUCAGGAUUAAAUGACUUGAAAAUGUUAACUGACGUUCUAAUUAAUAGUGGUCCUCACAAGUUAUCUACAAGAAAAAUUAUUUAUCGUUCUAUUGAGCCAUUUUUGGUGGAAGCUGUAACUCAUCUAAAAAAUGAUAUGCAGUCUGAACAAUCUCUAAAACUACACAUGGAUAGAUGUGAAAGAAUUAUAGGAUUUCUUUCAGAUAUGUAUGAACUUUUACAUGAUACAAUGUCUCCUCAGUUUGUUCAAAUACUAAUGCAAACAUUUGUGGAUUUAGAUAUAAUAUGGUCAACUAGUAUGACAAUAACUAUUAAAAUGAUUGAGGUAUUGUCAUUGAUUGUUAAGAAUUCAUCCAAAUCUAAUAAAGAAUUUACAUCAGUAGUUAUUAAAUUAGCUUUAGAAAAAUUGAUUCCAUUAGUAGCGUCAAAUAGUUAUCCACCAUCAAUACCAGCACUUUAUCAUCUUCUUUAUUGUGUUUUAAUGUAUAAAUGGAGGUAUUUUUUUCCUACUGCUCCUUCUUUAACAAUGAAUUCAUCUAAUGGAAAUAAUAUUGAUAACUCUGAACAAUUUACAACAAUUUUGGAAGUUAUAGGAUAUUCUUUUAUGAUAAAUGAUAUUAGUAUUUUUUCACAAAACUUAAGAGCUAUAGAGGAGUUAAAUUCUAAAUGGAAUUUAUAUGCAAAAGAAUAUUUUAAAUACUAUUUUUUAAGUAAAUAUAUGACUGUUUUAUUAAAUGUCAUGGUUAAUAAAACCCACACAUUAUUAUGUGAUGAAAUAUCAAUGGCAAUUUACAACAUGGCUAGUGUGAAUUUUGACUAUUUCUUUUCAAAGUUUUUACCUGAAUAUUUAAAACAAACUGAUAAUAUACGUAAUGAUCAGCGACAAUUUUUAAGACAAAAGCGAAUGGAACCAGUAAAAGAAUUACCAACAUUUAUGACAAAUUUAGCUCAAUUGACCAAUGAUAUUAGAUGUUCAAAACAAAUAUAAAUAAUGUAUUUGAACUGACUGAAAAUUCUUUUAACCAUGUUUUCAUUUUUAGAAUAAUUAAACACUUUAUGGUUUUAAGGUUGUUAAAAUAAGUAAUGAUAACUGUUUAAUUUUAUAUAAUUAUUUUUUUACAAAUUUAAUUUUCUAUUAUAUGAAUAUAUAUAAUGAAAUAAAAUAUUUUAGUGUAUCUAACUAGUGAUAUCAAUGUUUUUUUAAAUUUAUUUUUAAUAAAUGAUUGAAUUUAUAAAUUUUGAAAGGGAUGUACAUUGUUAAGAAAUUGUUAUAAAUAAUGAUAUCAAUGUUUAAAAAGCCAGAAGUAUUUAAUGUGGUUUAAAUAAAAAAUUUUAAUUAUUUAAUUUUUGGUUAUGAGACAAAUUUUUCAAUAUAACCCGAUAUAGUUUUUUACACUAAAAUUAUAUUUGGAAGAGGUUUUGAUGAGAAUUUUGUUUCAGUUGUUAAAUUGACUAUACGUAUAUUUUUUCAGUUUAUUUUUGUUUUUUAUAUUUCGUGUUUCUUAUUAUAAAUAAUUAUUUAUUCUUUAGUAAAAGUAUUUAUUAAUAACAAUACAUUAUUUAAGUAAAUAUAGAAAACUACCCAUUAUA